CUCUCCUUUUCUCUCUGCAUCCGAUUUUUCUCUCAUCUCUCCACUGCUCUAUGCUGAGAAAAAGGGGGAGGCGAGGAGGGGUAGGAAGGUGGUCUUGCAGUCGACGAGCGAAAAAAGGGAACAUGAGUUUGCUGAGGAGGAGCUGCAGCGAGAGGGGGAAAACCUUUGCACAGGGGCCCUGCCGAUCGGUAAAGGAGGGACAAAUGACCGCGCUCUGCUCGGAGUCCGCCGCUUCAAUUGUUUAACUUGUUGAUGCAACGUUACAGCAGUUCUCCCUUCUUCUUCUUCUUCUUCUUCUUCUUCUUUUUACCCCCUCCUCUUCUCUUCAAUCGCCUGGCUGCAGUGGGUAAUAGAUGGCUGGCGGGAUUGCAAAUAUUCUCUUCCGAGGAUUAGUGUUUUAUUGACUUCAUCGCGGACGCAGAUUAAUGAUGGAGCUUCUCUAUGAUGCAAUCUAUCUCUGAGCCCGUAGCACUGUGACAAGCGGAGAAGGGUCGUUUUGAAAAAACAAAAACUAAAAAAACCACUACAGGUCAGCAUGGCAGCAGGUGUAGCGGCAUGGCUUCCCUUCGCCAGAGCGGCGGCCAUCGGGUGGAUGCCCGUGGCGAGCACCCCGAUGCCCAUCCCUCCCCAGGACAAGAGGAAAACCCAGGACGGACUCAUCAUCCUCAACGUGAGCGGCACCAAGUUCCAGACGUGGCGGACCACGCUGGAGAGGUACCCGGACACGUUGCUGGGGAGCACCGAGAGGGACUUCUUCUUCCACGAGGAAACCAGCGAGUACUUUUUCGACCGCGACCCCGACAUCUUCAGGCACAUCCUCAAUUUCUACCGCACGGGCAAGCUCCACUACCCGCGCCAGGAGUGCAUAUCGGCGUACGACGAGGAGCUCGCCUUCUUCGGCAUCAUCCCCGAGAUCAUCGGGGACUGCUGCUACGAGGAGUACAAGGACCGGAGGCGCGAGAACGCGGAGCGGCUCCAGGACGACGAGGAGAUGGACAUGAGCAACGAGGUCGCGCCGGUGAAUCUGACGUUCCGGGAGUAUCUGUGGCGGGCUUUUGAAAACCCGCAUACCAGCACCCUGGCGCUGGUGUUCUACUAUGUGACGGGCUUCUUCAUCGCCAUCUCGGUGAUGGCCAACGUGGUGGAGACGGUGCCGUGCGGAACUCUGCCCAACAGGUCCAAGGAGGUGUCCUGCGGUGACCGCUACGCGCUCGCCUUCUUCUGUUUGGACACGGCGUGCGUCAUGAUAUUCACGGUCGAGUACCUGCUCCGCCUGAUCGCUGCCCCCAGCCGCUGCAAGUUCAUGAAGAGCGUGAUGAGCGUCAUCGACGUGGUGGCGAUCAUGCCCUACUACAUCGGCCUGGUCAUGACCGACAACGACCAGGUGAGCGGGGCGUUCGUCACGCUGAGGGUCUUCCGCGUCUUUCGGAUUUUCAAGUUUUCCCGGCACUCCGCGGGGCUUCGCAUCCUGGGCUACACCCUGAAGAGCUGCGCCUCCGAGCUGGGCUUCCUCCUCUUCUCCCUCACCAUGGCCAUCAUUAUAUUCGCCACGGUCAUGUUUUAUGCAGAGAAAGGCUCUACAGCAACCAAGUUCACCAGCAUCCCCGCAGCCUUUUGGUACACCAUCGUCACCAUGACAACACUGGGGUACGGUGACAUGGUGCCAAAGACGAUUGUGGGGAAAGUGUUUGGGUCCAUAUGCUCUCUGAGUGGGGUGCUGGUCAUCGCCCUGCCUGUCCCUGUGAUCGUGUCAAACUUCAGCCGUAUUUACCACCAAAGCCAGCGGGCGGAGAAACGACGAGCCCAGAGGAAAACUCGCCUCGCUAGAAUCCGUGCUGCCAAGAUUCGGGGCACUAACGCCUAUAUGCGCUUCAAACAAAACGGGCUCCUGAUCGACGCGCUGGAGGAGGCCUCUAAGAAAGCAGGACAAGCCCUGGUUGGAAAGGCGGCCAGCCCUCCGUUUGAGAGCCAACAUCAUCAUUUGCUGCACUGCCUGGAGAAGACGACGAAUCACGAGUUCGUGGACGAGCAGACGUUCCAGGCCAACUGCAUGGAGAUCUCCGUGGUGAACAAGUCGGGCUCGCGCACCUCCUCGUUGUCCUCGUCUCCGCACGGCCUCGGCUCCUGCUGCUCGCGGCGCCACAGGAAGAAGAGCAGCUUCAGCCUGCCGAGCACCAACAACCAGGAGCUCAGCACCAUCCAGAUCAGAGAGCGGCCCGUGUCCAACAGCCGCUCCAGCCUGAACGCCAAACUGGAUGAGACGGUGCCCCUGAAGUGCGACGAGGCUUACAUCUCCCCGUCCAUGGUCCGGCUGUCCGCCCCGGUGGCGACCUCGUCGGACGACCUCUCCACCGCCACCACCACGUACUCGCAGAGCAACAUUGUCCGAGUAUCUGCCUUGUAGAUGUCGCACAGUUUGCCUCACCUGAUCAGCCCAAACUGGUCUGGCUUAGCACCAGAUGCUGAGGAGAGGGACCACCGAGCAUCAACCUGCCAUAACCGAGAGGGAUUAUAAACUUGACAGCGGUUGGGAUUUUUUUUUUUCUUUGGAAUUUUUUUUUAUUUUGAAGUUGUGAUUUCAUCUGAUGUCAAACUCUGCAUGGUAUUACAAAGGAAAACAAAAAGACAAAAAAAAACAACAACAAACAAAACAAAAAACUUUGAGGACCACGGCCCCCAGGGGCCGCAGUUUGAUGUUGAACCAGCAGAUCUUUGCUUCAUUAAGCACAUCAAAGCGAGGAGGCGCUUGGAAUGAUCGUCAUCGUUGCCUAAACAUACUGAGAAAAAAAAAAAAAAAUCAACAACUUUAUUUUUCAAUAUGUGACGUAGAUGUGUUUGUUUGUCUCUGAUUCAAAGAUGGGAAAAGUCUCGAGAUCGUUCUCGACGUCCUCUUGACGAUAAAGCACACGUAUUCCUCGCCUCUUUGUGAAUAUGGACUCACUCUCCACGCCGUUCCAUUUAAAGCCCUCUUCCAUUAAAACGCUUUCUUAACUCCCCCACCCCCGUUCACUGUUGUAAAGUCCAAAAAAGACGUACGCCCCGCUGGAACGCUUCACGAACCGACUCACAAAACCGGUCGGCGAAUGAAAUCACACGACUCAUCCCGACAUGUGCAAGUGAAGGUCGAACGACCAAAUCUGUGUUAGAUUCCAUAUUUGCCAUCCUGGGUCAGUGUGAAAGCUGCCUGUCGGUAGUUAACAGUUAUUGAUAACCAUACAGGGUAUACAUUAGCUAGGGCACAAGCGAAUAAGUGAAAGAUUUCGGCAACACUUAACUAACCUUGAUGUGGCCAAGACGCUGGCACCGGCCUGCUAAACCUUAGGAAAGGACAUCGACUUACUUCCUCACAACGACUCGGUUGACUCCAUUGUGUCAAAGCACCACUUUGUAUAUUUUUCAUACUGUAAAUAUUUCUCAGUUAGGACUUUAUCAAAUGCAUCUGAAGUUGGCUCCUCUAAGUUCUAGAUUUAGUUUGAACAGUUGUUGGAAAAAAAAACAAACAAACAAAAAAAAAACAACCUCUUUCUGUCUCUUACCUGGUUGAAUUUAAUGAUUUGCAUGCUGUCAUUGCAGAAUUAUGUUUUAAUUAAAGUGUGUGUCUGCUUCUUCUUGGGAGGUUUGUUUCAGUGACGGCAGGAUUAAUGGCCUGGAGCACAACGGAGCGACGCUGGUGUCCAGAUUUUAAAGUCUGCUUUUAAUGAAAUACAAAUCUUGUCAUGGACUGCCUGUGUAAGGGUAAAGAAAGGGGGCAAAUUUAUCACACAUUGUGCAUUUGGUGCAGUGGAUGAAUAAACAGUGCAGAUCUGCUGAAGCAUCUAUAAAAAUGACCCAUGUCUUUUUUUUCCCUAACCUCCUGUUAGGUUAGAUACUCCUUCCUAACAGAGUUUCAUUUUUAAACAAAGAUGCAACAUGAGUAAGGUAGAUAUAUAUUUGCAAAAAUAAUUAGCCUUUUUUUUUGUUAUUAUAGUGAUAUUUAGACAUUUUAAAUCAGCUGGAGCUGUGAUGAAAGAGGCUGGA